AUGAUUAUUGCAGAAGAACCAUUGGAUGAAGUAAUAUCCAGUGGCCCUGAGGAUACAGACAUCUGCAGCCAGCAAACAACCACGAGCGCAGAAGCUGGUGACCAAUCAAUAAAAAAUGAAAGGAAAACUUCGACUGGCCUACAACUGGAACAACUUGCAAAUACAAAUUUAUUAACCAUAAGAAUAAAAUGGCAGGCGCAAGAAGAAAAUGAACGUUGCGACCCUAGGAUAACUGAUCAAAUAAUGGACACAAUACAGCAUUAUAAAGGUAUUUCUGUUAACAAUUCUGACACGGAAGCAUAUGAAUUUCUUACAGACAUAAAGAGGUUACAGAUCCUCGAACAAAAUAAAGAUACAUAUCUUUACGAGCAUGGAAGUCAAGAAUAUGAAAAAUCUUACGAAGGAAACGAAAAGGGAGAUGAUUGGAGAUACGAUACUGUUUUGCAAGCACAAUUCAAAUACCCAAAAUCGUUAGAAAACGCAUGUUCAGGUAUCUCAGAAUUACUCAAAAGCGAACCUAAUGGGCAACGCAUUGAUAAAUGGUCUAUAGGUGUAAACAAGCAUGCGCUAACCUAUCCUGGAAAUAUCUUUGUUGGAGGAAUAGCAAAGAGCCUGUCGAUUGGCGAACUAAGUUUCUUAUUCUCAAAAUAUGGACCAAUUUUAUCAAUGAAAUUGAUAUAUGAUAAAACGAAAGGCGAACCCAAUGGAUACGGGUUCAUUUCAUACCCCUUAGGUUCUCAAGCUUCACUCUGCAUCAAGGAACUUAACGGUAGGACGGUAAAUGGAUCUACACUAUUUAUCAAUUAUCACGUUGAGCGAAAGGAGAGAGAAAGGAUUCACUGGGAUCAUGUCAAAGAAAACAACAAUGAUGAUAAUUUCAGGUGCCUCUUUAUAGGCAAUUUGCCUUACCACAAUCCUGACAAAAUAGACGCUUUGAUUACACCUAAAGAAGUCAUAGAGGUAAUCAAAAAGGAGUUGUCAAAAAAGUUUCCAGAUUUUGAUAUCAUCUCAUAUUACUUCCCAAAGAGAAACAAUACAAGGAGUAGUAGUUCCGUAAGUUUCAAUGAUGAAGGGUCCGUAGACUCGAAUAAAUCUUCUAAUAACAUUAAUGGAACUGCCCAAGAUGAAGAUAUGUUGAAGGGUUAUGGUUUCAUCAAGCUUAUCAACCACGAACAGGCACUAGUAGCCAUCGAGACAUUCAAUGGAUUUAUGUGGCAUGGAAACAGACUUGUUGUUAAUAAGGCAGUUCAACAUAAAGUUUACAACAAUCACAAUAGCCAUGACAGGCAAUCUUCCAUUAGUAACCAUAAUGAUAUGGAAGCCUUGGAGUUCGCAAAUAACCCAAUGUAUGAUUACAAUAAUUAUACAUAUGAUAGAUAUUACUUCAACAAUAAUAAAAGUGGGAACAGUAAUGAUACCUCAAAUGUACGGUAUUUUGAUUCUGUAAGAUCAACUCCUGUAUCAGAGAAGAUGGAUCUCUUCUAUCCUCAAAGAGAAUCCUUUAGUGAGGGUCGCGGCCAACGGGUGCCUAGAUUUAUGGGCAACAAAUUCGACAUGUACCAGUACCCAUCAACUUCUUAUAGCUUACCUAUACCAAUGAGUAAUCAACAGGAGUCAAACCUAUAUGUCAAGCACAUCCCUCUUUCUUGGACAGAUGAAGAUUUAUAUGAUUUCUACAAAUCUUUUGGUGAGAUAAUCAGCGUUAAGGUCAUUACUGUCGGGGGUAGUAAGAACAAGUAUCGUCAACAAUCGAACGAUAGCUCGUCAGAUAGUGACCUGCCAGUGGGAUCAUCAAGGGGGUAUGGUUUUGUUUCUUUUGAAAGUCCAUUGGAUGCAGCCAAGGCAAUUUUAAAUACAGAUGGGUAUCAAGUGAGCAAGGACCAGGUGUUAUCUGUCUCUUUUGCCCAAAAACGUGGUAAUUUGUCCACAAGUGAUGAUGAUGACCAAUCCCAAACUGACAACUCAUCAAAGUUUCAAAAUUCUCAGCCACACAAUGACUAUCAUAAGGCUUAUCCAACAAAAUAUAAUAAGAAAUUUAUAAACGCCUUAAUGACCCAGAACCACUCUCAACAGCAAGUUUCGAGGGAAAAUUACUUCAUGCCGCUACAGUACCCUAGUACUAGCGCAAAGCCCGUGAACAGUUACAACUUAAUAGGCGCCAACCAGAAUAACCCCAAUUGGAUGAUGCCAAUGUUCCCAUCAUUUGGCUUCAUUCCGCAAGUACCGCCAGUACCCUACAUGAUACCCCCACAAAAUUCUGCAGCAAAUCAUAUUCCUAUAAUGGCAAGCGGUAACAACGAAGAGGAAGAAUUCUCAAGUGGUGAUUAUUCUAUGGACUACUAG